AUGACUACUAUUGUUACGGAUGACGAUGUCAUUCAGGACAGUGAAGAUGAGCACUCCUUCGCUCGCGAUACCAUAGAAGUCAAUCCUACGAACAUGAGGCCGUCGCAAUCUCCUGGCCAGCAACCCGCAAUGGCCACAACAUCAGCAUCGACUAUCCAGACCACUGAUUUCACACCUCAGCCUCGUACUCGCGACUCUCGACAAGGUCCCGGCGACGGGUAUAGCGAUAUUUCCACUUUCCCUCUGACCACAAAUCCUGUGGCAUCCACCAUUGUAUCGAUAUCUUCGGCUACAGGGCCGAAGUCAGGCAAGACUAGACCUCGUCCGAGGCCGGUGUAUAAGGGCGCGGCUGCUGCGAAGGAUGUUACUAUUACAGACCCUUCUUCAUCCAUUAGGGCACCAUCAUCACCCAAUGCCAUGGGAUCGCAUGCGAGGGAGUCCACGAAAAAUAGCAAAGAGAAGACAGCCACACUGCCUGAACACAUACUGGAACCCUUUUCCUUGGACAUCGCAGAACGCGCCAAACUGCGUUCUCGUGCGCGCACAUCGACUGCGGCGAGCAAACAGCGCGCAUACAGCGAGUUUGUCGCGGAUGUGAUCGAUCUUUCGUCUGACGAUGAAUUCAACCUGCGUCCACCCGUACGUGUACCCAAAAGCAGGUCAAAUGUAAAGGUGAAGACCACGGCUGCGAAACGGCGCGUCGAUGCGUCGCGCAUCCAUGAUUUGGAGCCUGAGUUACCGAGCGGGACUCUCCCUAUAGCCACCUCCGAUAUCAGCUUUAACGUCGAUAUGAGCUCGCAGCUUCCACCAUCAGACCCGCCCCCACCCUCCACGUCAACCCUGCCGCCAUCGACACCCCCAACUCUGUCGCACGCCCCUCAGCCUCCACGAGAUCGCUUGUCGUCGCCGCUUUCAUCGCCUCCACCAGUGCCGGUGCGCAAACGAAAGAGAUCCAUGCAAGCAGCCGUUAGGAACGAUGAGGGUACUAAUCUUAGCCCUAGGAUGCAAGAGCAGAUUUCAUCGUCGACCGCCAUGCCGCCGCCGCCACCACCACCAUUUUUUGCAGGAUCCUCAUCAUCAGAAGCAGCAAUCCCUGAGACGUUGGUAGAUGUGGCACCAUCUCCGGUUGCGCCAUCUUUGGCUGUUUCAGGCGUAACAAAGAAAGGAGCAAGUUCAAAGGGAAAGAAGAAACCAGUUGAUGAUGACUUUGAAGAUUUUGAGGACGGAGGUUGGGUUGACAUCCCUAAACCUAAGCCCAAAGCUAGACCUCGCAAGAAGGCCGGCCAGGAUGACGACGCCGAUUGGGACGGACAAGAGGCGCUAAAGGGACGCAAGUCACGAAAGAAAGCGAAAGGUAGCGACGAAGAGGAUGAGGACGAGGACGAGUGGCCUGCGAAGCCGAAACCGAAACCGAAACCGAAACCGGCGCCCAAGAAACGGGGCAGGAAGGGCACAGCAAGAAAAUCGAAAGUCAUGGAAGUUGUUAUUGAUGACUCGCCGUCGAAAGCGAACACGAAGAGGGCGACGAGAGGAGACAGCACAGCUAAGCCGCCAACAAGUAGGGAGAUCGUGGAUGACUCGGAUGGUGAGCUAUGCCCAUUGGUACUCCCACCUGGAACGCCUCCUCGGACAGGCGAGGGACUUGUUACUUUUACAAGAACUAGCCGUAGAGAGGAUCAGUGGAAUGAUGGUCCGGCGUCACUGCCACCUACGUCCAUUCCGUUUCCAACUAGAGGAGCUGCGCCAGAUGGUACUGAGGAUAUAUCGCCAAGAUUGUCAACGAAAAGUAAGGGGAAGAAGCGGGCUGUGGUUAUCUCGGACGAUGAAGAUUUCGAUGCAGCUGUGUCUACUCCUGGGUCGCCUCCCAAGAAGGUACGACGCGAACCAAGAGCACCCAAAAAAUCUGCCCCUGCUGCGCUUGAGAGAGAUAGUGAAGCUGAAGAAGAGGAAGAUAUUAGUACGAAGGAAAAUGUCUAUCCUUCAUCUGUAAGCAUGAGCACUCCCUUCAAACAACCUAAUCCUCCAUCGUCUGCAACCAAGCACCCAUCUUCGAACCGUGCAUAUUCCAUAUCUUCGGGAAAGUCGACCCCAAUGUCCGAGCUCAUCCGGCGCGUCAACUCUUUGCCUGGAUCACCGUUCCCUGCUGCAAAACCAAUUUAUUCUCCCUUUUCCAAAUCAUCCAAAAGCCUUCUAAAACGGAUCGCACCUUUACAUCCCAACCGGCGUACACCCCCUCCACCUCCACCUCGCCCCCCUCCGCCGAAGAAGAGCAAGAAGCAGCUCGAGCUAGAGGAGAAAUGGGAGAUGGAACUGGAGGAGAGUGUGGAGGGAUGGUAUUGUCUCUCCGAAGAGGAGCGGGCAGCACUACGCAGGGCCAAGAGGGAUGCAGAGAUGGGUUUCGAGGACUAA